UCUCUACUCAUUACCACCACCACAAUUCACCUUUUACAACCAAACCAAACUUUUCAAUCAUUAUGUCGUCCGGCGAACCCAACAAGACCUCUGGCCAAAUGCAUUCUACCAAGGGUACCGUGGUUGAAGCCAUCGGCAAUGUCACCGGUCUAGAAUCGUGGCAACAAAGCGGAAAGGAAGAACACGCCCAAGGCGAAGCCGAAUACAAGGCUGCUCAGGCGAAGGGUUACGCAGAGGGGGUUUCCGACCGCGUCGGAGGAUAUAAGGACUCUGUCGUUGGCGCUGUUACCGGCGACAAGUCUCAGCAGGCUGCUGGAAAUGUUCAACAAGAGAAGGGAAAAGCUCAGACCGAAGUUAACAAGCCGUCGACUUGAAGACUUUGUGGGAUCUGGAGAAUUGCAUUAUUCUAGCUUAUCGAUUCAAUGUAACGCAUACAGUAUGUACACUUAUACCCAGCGUGAUAUGUUUCAGAAUCUUUCCAACAACUUUCCAAUGGCUG